AAGAAACUUUAAUGAUUAUGAAAAUAUACUCAGACAAGUUUGAAACUUUAAUGAUUAUGAAUAAGCAGAGAAUUUAUUCACUUUUUCUUUUUGUCUUUUGCUUCAAAACUACAUAUAUACCAUAGCUUCAUAAGGCAUAAGAAAACCAUAUAGUACGUUAUAUAGUACUAUUAAUUUGUAUUAUUUUACUUGGUUGCGUGGGAAUUCUCUGAUUUAUUGAUACAAAAUGGAGAUUACUCAACAGUACUUUUGUCCCCAGCAACAUGUUUUGUUGGUAAACGAUAGUGAGAUUGGUAAUGCUAACCAAAUUACUUGUCAAAUAUGCGAGUCUUCUGUUGUAGCUCCAUUUUAUGUAUGUGAUACAUGUAAAUAUUAUGUUCACAAGUCAUGUAAAAUUAAGAAAAUUAAUCACCCUUUUCAUCCUCGCCACCCUCUAUCUCUUACCCCAAAAAAUGCUCUUUGCGAUUCUUGUGGCCAAUACUCUCGAAAGAGUUUCAUGUUCAGUUGUAUUGAAUGUCGUCUAUCUUUCGAUGUGGAUUGUGCCUUGAUGUCAAACUCAUGUCCUCAAGGUCAAAAACAUUGCAUCCAACAUUCUACUCAUCCUCACUUGUUACUACUUGUUGACACAACCGAUACUAUUUAUAAAAAUAUUCAUGUUAGAUGCUUUGCAUGUCAAUCUAAAGAUUCACCAUCAGAUGAUCAAGUUUAUUAUGGUUGUAAUAGAUGUAAGUAUUUUCUUCAUAAACAAUGCAUUGACCAACUCCCACAACAAAUCCAAACAUUCGCCCAUCCUAAUCACGGUUGUCUUUCCCUUCGUAUGAUAAAGUUCUACUUGGGUAAAUGCUUUCUUUGUAAAAGUAAAGAUCCAAGAGCCUUUUAUUACGAAUGUCAACCAUGUAAUUUUCGGUUGUGUAUGGAUUGCAAUGUUAUUGGAGUCUUAAAAUAUAAAUACCAUGAUCAUCCUCUUUUCUUUGUCAAGAAAAUGUCUCCUGCAUUUGACCAAUGCAAUAUUUACAAUACUUGUUUUCAGUCUUCAUUCAUGGCCAUUAAUGUUUCGAACGAAUUCCAAAAAACCGAGUCUUUCAGAUUCCAUUGUUGUGAUUGUGAUUUCAAGCUCCAUUUAUUAUGUGGUCCACUACCUCGUAUCAUAAAGUACGAAGGUCAUGUGCACUCCUUACUUCUUGUUGAUUCAUUCAUUGAAGAUUCUUCUGGUGAAUAUAACUGCGAUAUUUGCGAAACAGAAAGAAAUCCACGAAUUCGCAUAUAUUGUUGUGGCGACUGCAAAUAUUUUGCUCACGUGCAUUGUGUGAUUUCUGAGAUUAUAGAUGUACUAAAGGGGGACCUUGAAGAUGUUGAGCUAAAAGCCUUGGGAUAUGACUUUUGUGAGGAAACAAAUUAUGGUGGAUGGGGAGAGAUAGAGCAUGGCACAUCUCUUUUGAGCUUGAAAGAUUUAAUACUUCAAUUAAGUGAAUAUGAAUUGUUCGUGUUAAAAGCUUAUUUUACAUGGGAUGAGAAAAAAGAAGAGAGUGAAAUGACCACUCAAUUGGAGACUGAAGAUGAAAAAAUUGAUGAGAUUCUAACGUUCUCUAGUUUUACUGAAACUGAGUUCAUGUCAUAUAUUUUUAAUGAGUUUGGUAAGAUCUAUAAGAAGAGGAGUAUGAAAAUAAAGCCUAGUGAUCUAGCACUAAAAAUUGCUGACAUUGAAGGUUAUUUCAUACCUUUAGAAUUAGUUCCUGUUUUCAAAAAUUUGCUUCACAAAUAUGGAGAUAUUGGUAGUCGUUGCGGGUAUUCAAAGGCAUUCAAGAGCAUGUGUUAUUUCCUUAUAUGUAAAGCAAUGAAAGAGAUGCAUACUACAUGGGUGAUAGACAUCACUAAAGAUCUUCUUCAAUAUUGGUAUCACCACAUCAAGUUUGUACAAUUGCACACCUACUUUGAACUGGGUUUUCUCAAGGCAAGUCUAGAGGAGAUCACAAGAGAUUUCUUCUACCUCCAACUAAGUUUAACGCUUGAAACUGAUAUCCGAACAAUAAUGAACAAAAGAAUAGCUCACAUAAAAAAGAAGAUGGCAGAGUAUGAAGAAUUUUGUGAGUCUACUUCCAAAAAGAAGUUCAUGAAAGAGGGAUUCAACAAAGUGGUGCAACUUAAAUGGAAGACUGCAGGCCAAGUGGGUAAUGAUAUUGAUGGUACAUCUUCACAUUACGAUUAUUGGGGUUACACGCUUAGGGAGUGGUUCUGAUUCGGAAGAUGGCUAACCAGCCUAUACUCACAUUGCUGUCUCAAUUCCUGGUACAAUAAACAUCUUCACAGAUGGCUCGUUUGCUAACAGCAUAGGUGGUGUGUCGGCAGCUUGUUUCGGUGAUGGAAUUUGUGUCAACAGUCAUAUCUGAUGCAAUGGUGGUUGGCCUUGGCUAGUAGCAAUACCAGAAGAGUGGAGUUCUUUGUGUAUUUGGUUUGAUUGCAAUAAGAUCAUAGACUACCUUACUAUAAACUCUUUACCUCAUUAAAACACUACGCACUUGUUAAAUUCUGUUCUUUUAGAUCUUGUAACGAUUAAGUAGAUGCCAUUGCCAAAUGGUGAGUUUGUU